AUGGCCAUUGAUGGGAAACAACAGGACGUGCGUGAAGAACAGUUGCCUACUCCCAUGGCACAGGCGGAUGCACCCGAGAAAUCCUUCGAGGUCGACACCAUGCACAACGAUGAAGCAAUGAAAGUUCUUGCCAAUUAUACAGGGGACGAGGGAUCCGAAGAGAAACGAUUGACGAAGAAAAUCGACCGGCGUUUGCUGCCUAUUCUGUGUCUGACCUACGCCCUCCAGUAUUACGACAAGGCAAUGAUUUCGCAGGCAGCAAUUUUUGGACUUCGUGAGGAUCUUAAUCUCACAGGGAAUCGCUAUUCCAUGUCCUCAGCGAUUUUUCACCUUGGCUUCGUCGGCGGAGCGUACCCAGCGUCUCAAAUAGCACAGAGAUAUCCCGUCGAACGUGUAGCGGCAGCCCUGAUCAUCGUUUGGGGCGUCUGUUUUAUAAGCACAGCGGGAUGUCAUAACUGGCAAUCACUGUAUGCUCAGCGGUUCUUCCUGGGUUUGGUUGAAGCCGGGAUCAGCCCAAUUUUCAUGCUUGUCGUCGGCCAAUUCUACAAGAAAAACGAGCAGGCUCUUAGAAUGGGUGUCUGGUAUUGCACAUCGGGCUUCAUUUCGACUCUCUCGCCCAUAGUCAAUUACGGUUUAGGACACAUUACCGGCUCGCUAUCUCCCUGGCGUUAUAUGUACAUCGUCGGUGGUAUUUUAACUAUACUCUGGACUUUCCCGGUUCUUUUCUAUCUACCUCCUGACCCUAUUCGUGCUAAAGGCUUCACCGAGCGAGAACGAUACAUCGCUGUGGCUCGACUCCGGGUGAACAACGCAGGAGUCCGAAAUACGCACUUCAAAAAAAGGCAUGUCCUGGAGUUACUCAUCGAUGAGAAGUUCUGGAUUAUCUUCGCCUUCGCCUUCUUGAGUUUCAUUGCUGCGGGGCCGAUCAACGCAUUCAUCCCAAUUAUUUUAGCAGGCUUUGGGUUUUCAACUCUCAAUUCUCUCCUCUUGAUGAUGCCGGCUGGCUUUAUUGCGGUGUGA